GACCUAUCACUGCGUGUGGGCCGCUGAAGCCAUGGCUUCCAAAUGCCUCAAGACCAACUUCACUUCAGGGUCUCUCAAGAGCCCAGGACGGGGUGGCGGGGGAUCCGCUCGUGUGUCCACGAUGUUCUCCAGCAGCUCUUGCCAGCUCCCAAGUGUCUCCCGUGGGGCCCGACGCUUCUCUGCAUGCUCCGCUGGGCUGGGCAGAAGCAGCUACAGGGCCUCCGGCUGCCUCCCUGCUCUCUGCCUCCCUGUUGGAGGCUUGCCCACCAGCUACAGCAUGGGUGGGGGCUGGUUUGGGGAGGGCAUCCUUACCGGCAGUGAGAAGGAGACCAUGCAGUUCCUGAACGACCGCCUGGCCAGCUACCUGGAGAAGGUGCGCCAGCUGGAGCGGGAGAACACGGAGCUGGAGAGUCGCAUCCGCGAGUGGUGCCAGCAGCAGGUACCCUACAUGUGCCCUGACUACCAGUCCUACUUCCGGACCAUCGAGGAGCUCCAGAAGAAGACCUUGUGCAGCAAGGCAGAGAACUCCAGGCUGGUGGUGCAGAUCGACAACGCCAAGCUGGCUGCAGAUGACUUCAGGACCAAGUACGAGACGGAGGUGUCCCUGCGGCAGCUGGUGGAGGCUGACAUCAACGGCCUGCGCAGGAUCCUGGAUGAUCUGACCCUGUGCAAGUCUGACCUGGAGGCCCAGGUGGAGUCUCUGAAGGAGGAGCUUCUCUGCCUCAAGAAGAACCAUGAGGAGGAAGUGAACUCACUGCGUUGCCAGCUUGGCGACCGGCUCAACGUUGAGGUGGAUGCGGCGCCGCCUGUUGACUUGAACCGUGUUCUGGAUGAGAUGAGGUGCCAGUAUGAGACCCUGGUGGAGAAUAACCGCCAGGAUGCUGAAGAUUGGUUUGACACCCAGACCCAGGAGCUGAACCAGCAGGUGGUGUCCAGUUCGGAGCAGCUGCAGUCCUGCCAGGCAGAGAUCAUUGAGCUGAGGCGCAAUGUCAACACCCUGGAGAUCGAGCUACAGGCCCAACACAGCAUGAGAGAUGCUCUGGAAUCUACCCUGGUGGAGACGGAGACUCGCUACAGCUCGCAGCUGGCACAGCUUCAGUGCAUGAUCACCAACGUGGAGGCCCAGCUGGCCGAGAUCCGCUGUGACCUGGAGCGGCAGAACCAGGAGUACCAGGUGCUGCUGGACGUCCGGGCCCGGCUGGAGUGUGAGAUCAACACGUACCGGAGCCUGCUGGAGAGCGAGGACUGCAAGUUGCCGUGUAACCCGUGUGCCCCUGACUACUCACCCGCUAAGGCAUGCCUCCCCUGUCUUCCUGCGGCCUCCUGUGGUCCUCCUGGCAUAGCCCGCAUGACUUGCAGCCCCCGUCCUGUUUGUGUUCCUUGCCCGGGGGGCCGGUUCUGA